AUGGUCACUCCAUCAGCAACACGCACCGCUCUAUCGGCUGCGACUCAUGUUCUCCGCCGACAAACGCUCACCACCGCACCCAAGGUCCUCACUCCACGCACAAUCCCCAUCGCCUCUUCAUCCCGCCUCUUCACUACCACCCCUAUUCGCCCCCACGGCGGAAUCACAAGACCAGCUCCUGGUACAGGCGUCAAAAUCCACUUCGUCGAUCCAAAAGGCGAGCCACUCAAAUCUGUCGAAGCCAACGAAGGCGAUGACUUGCUAAGCGUUGCUCACGAAUACGAUAUUGACCUGGAAGGAGCUUGCGAAGGAUCAAUAGCUUGUUCCACUUGCCAUGUGAUUUUGGAACCGGACGUGUACGAUAGCCUGGAGGAACCAUGCGAUGAUGAGAAUGAUAUGUUGGACUUAGCGUUUGGGUUGACAGAUACAAGUAGGUUGGGUUGUCAGGUGAAAGUAACGAAGGAACAAGAUGGGAUGAAAGUGCAGCUUCCGGCGGCUACUAGGAAUAUGUACGUUGAUGGUCAUAAAGCAGGUCAUCACUAA